AUGUUACUCUCCGUCGCAUCGGUCUUUCUAGCUUUCGUGGCAAGCAGUACAUCCGUUUCUGCAUCACCAACACAAUAUCCCCAACAAAAUGCAUCUCAACCCAUCGUCCAUCUCGACUAUGGAACCUUCCGUGGCGCCUCAUCUUCCCAAUAUAAUCUAACCUACUACCGCAAAAUCCCCUUCGCUGCAUCCACAGCCGGGGAAAACCGAUUCCGCGCGCCCCAACCACCACUCCACAUCACCAAUGGCACAUACGACACCGACCAAGCCUUCGACAUGUGCCCGCAGCGCACAGUAAACGGUUCAGAAGACUGCCUCUACCUCGGUCUAUACUCGCGCCCUUGGACAAAAAAGCAGGACCUCCGACCUGUCCUCCUAACCUUCUACGGCGGCGGCUUCAUCCGCGGCAGCGCCAGCUUCAGCAUUCCACCAUCCGGCUACCCCGUUCUCAACGUCUCUACCUCCAACGACUACAUAGUCGUAUACUCCAACUACCGCACCAACGUCUUCGGCUUCCUGCCCGGCUCGAAGAUCGCUGAACAUCCGGAUGUCGAUCUCAAUCCCGGUUUGCUGGAUCAGCAGGCUGCGUUGAAGUGGAUACAAAAGUACAUCCACCAUUUCGGCGGCGAUAAACGAAACGUGACGAUCUGGGGGCAGUCAGCGGGCGGCGGCAGUGUAGUUGCGCAGACGAUUGCUACUGGAAAUCGGGGAAAGGGCUUGUUCGCGAAAGCCCUGGCGAGUAGUCCGUUCUGGCCGAAGACGUACCGGUACGAUAGCGCGUGGGCGGAGGAUCUGUACGAUCAGACACUACGCGAUGUUGGCUGUGCAGGUGUGGUAGAUGAGAUUAAGUGUUUGAAAGAGGUGGAUGUACAGGUGUUGAGGGGCAGUGCGUUGAAGCUCAGUACGAGUCAGCAGUAUACUACUGCUUCUUUUACGUACGGGCCUGUUAUCGAUGAUGUUUUUCUUACGGAGGAGUUGAGUAGUGUAGUGCAGAAGGGACAGCUUAACGCAGAGACGGUGAUGACGAGUUAUAAUUUGCAUGAAGGGGAGAACUUUAUUCCGCCUGGGUUUCAGAAUGCCAAGACGGGGAGCGAUGGGUUUAAUGUGUCGGAGGCGUCUUUUGAUGGGUGGUUGAAGGGUUUUCUGCCGGACUUCACGGAGGGGGAUAGAGAGGAGGUGAAGAGGAUGUAUCCUGCGGUGGGAACGGCGGAGGAGAUUGGUUGGAACUCGACGUAUGUUCGCGCUGGAUUGUUGUACCGCGACCUUGUUCUGGCGUGUCCGUCGUAUUGGCUUUCGAAGAAGGCGGAGAAGGGGUGGUUGGUUGAGUACACUAUCUCGCCUGCUAAGCAUGCGAGUGACGUGCAAUAUUGGAACACAAUCGGUUCAAUCCAGCAAACAGAUGCUCUGACCUACCAAGGAUAUGCUGGAGCCAUGGCUUCAUUCAUCCAGACUGGGGAUCCGAAUGCGCAUAAGGUGACGAAUUCGAGUAUACCCAGUGUGCCGAAUGUGGAAGAGGGAAAGCAAUUCCUAGUUACUGCGAGUGGGCUACGACAAGGUGGCAUCAGCAUGCUGGAGGAGAGGUGUAAAUACUGGGCAGGAGUAUCUCAGAGGGUUCCCGUGUGA